AUGCUGCUGAGCGGAGCCGCUGCCGGCUCGGAGCGCGCCGGGCCCGGGCCCGGGGGGGCCCCGCAGUGCGUGGGCAGCAUGGCCCGCUGGCUCCGGGAGCACCUGGGCUUCCGCAGCGCCAAGCCCGCUCCGCCCGCGCCGCCCAAGCCCGACUACCGGGCGGGCCUGCCCCAGCCGCCCCCGCCGCCGGGGGGCGCCCCCGCCGCUCCGCUCUGCCCGGCGGCGGCCCAGCCCGACAUCCUGGCCGCCUACAAGCUGCAGCGGGACCGGGACUUCGAGGACCCCUACACGGGGGCUGGCCCGGGGGGGCUCGCGCCCGACGCCCGCUACGGCUCGCCCAAACACCGGCUCAUCAAGGUGGACGCGGCGGAGAAGGCGCCCGAGGAGCCCGCCCCGGAGCAGGUGAUUGUCCUCGAGGACUAUGCGGAUCCCUUCGAUGCCAAGCAAGCAGCCAGUGGCCAGCCGGGGCAGGAGAAGGUGGCAGAAAACGAUGGGUACAUGGAGCCCUACGAGGCCCAGAAGAUGAUGGCCGAGAUCCGCCUGAAGGGCUCCCUCGAGGCCCCUGGCCAGCCGCUGCCCCUGUACGACACACCCUAUGAGCCGGUGCCCAAUGGGCUACCCCCAGACAGCGAGCGCCCAUCCUUUGCCCGGCCCCGGGAGUCUCGGCUGCCCCAGGAUGAUGAGCGCCCACCCGAGGAGUACGACCAGCCCUGGGAGUGGAAGAAGGAGCGCAUCUCCAAGGCCUUUGCAGUUGAGAUCAAAGUGAUCAAAGACUUGCCAUGGCCUCCCCCCGUGGGACAGCUUGACAGCGGUGCAAGCCCCCCCGACAGCGAGGCCCACGCCCCUGUGCACCCCGGCCAGCCCCAGCACAGCCAUGAAGACACCAACGGCCAUUGUGAGGGGCCAGGGCAUGGCCACUCGUCACCCAGCAGGGAGGAGAAGACCCGAACUGCGAACAGACACGUGAGUGGGAACCCCAAGACAGAGCCCAGCCCGGCCCUCGGGGAGAGGAUCAACCCCACCCUGCCUCUGGAGAGCCAGUGCUGGUACCAUGGGGCGAUCAGCCGGACGGAUGCUGAGACCCUGCUGAGGCUGUGCAAGGAGGCCAGUUACCUGGUGCGCAACAGCGAGACCAGCAAGAAUGACUUCUCUCUCUCCCUCAAGAGCAGCCAGGGUUUCAUGCACAUGAAACUCUCCCGCACCCAGGAGAACAAAUACGUGCUGGGCCAGAACAGCCCCCUAUUUGACAGUGUGCCCAAGAUCAUCCACCACUACACCAGCCACAAGUUGCCCAUCAAGGGGGCUGAGCACAUGUCCCUGCUCUACCCAGUGGCUAUCCGAACCCUAUAG